GACAAGGAUGUUUUGGCAAAGUGUGGAUGGGAAUAUGGAAUGGAACCACAAAAGUAGCAAUCAAAACACUAAAACCAGGUACAAUGAUGCCAGAAGCUUUUCUUCAAGAAGCUCAGGUAAUGAAAAAAAUAAGACAUGGUAAACUUGUUCCACUAUAUGCUGUUGUUUCUGAAGAGCCAAUUUACAUUGUCACUGAAUUGAUGUCAAAAGGAAGCUUAUUCAAUUUCCUUAAGGAAGGAGAUGGAAAGUAUUUGAAGCUUCCACAAAUGGUUGAUAUGGCUGCUCAGAUUGCUGAUGGUAUGGCAUAUAUUGAAAGAAUGAACUAUAUUCACCGAGAUCUCUGGGCUGCUAAUAUUCUUGUAGGAGAAAAUCUUCUGUGCAAAAUAGCAGAUUUUGGUUUAGCAAGGUUAAUUGAAGACAAUGAAUACACAUCAAGACAAGGUGCAGAAUUUCCAAUCAAAUGGACAGCUCCUGAAGUUGCACUGUAUGGUGGGUUUACAAUAAAGUCUGAUGUCUGCUCAUUUGGAAUUCUACAGACAGAACUGGUGACAAAGGGCAGAGUGCCAUAUCCAGGUAUGGUGAACCAUGAAGUACUGGAACAGGUGGAGCGAGGAUACAGGAUGCCUUGCCCUCAGGGCUGUCCAGAAUCCCUCCAUGAAUUGAUGAAUCUGUGUUGGAAGAAGGACCCUGAUGAAAGACCAACAUUUGAAUAUAUUCAGUCCUUCUUGGGAGACUACUUCACUGCUACAGAGCCAUAGUACCAGCCAGGAGAAAACUUCUAAUUCAAGUAGCCUAUUUUAUAUGCACACAUCUGCCAAAAUGUGAAGAACCUGUAUAGAAUUUCUACAGGGAUCAAAAGAAGAAAAUCUUCUUUACUCUGCACAUUUUUAAUGGUAAACUGGCAUCCCAGAUAUGGUUCCACAAAACCACUUUCUUUACCCCAAGUAUUAAACUCCAAAGUACGAUGAUGAAUUUUCCAACCAAUUUCAGGGUCCAAAGAAAAUAGAGCUAAGAUACUGAUGACAGUGUGAGUGAUAGCAUGGUAAUGAAGGACAGUGAGGCUCCUGCUUAUAAAUCAUUUUCUUUCUUUUCUUCCCCAAAGUCAGAAUUGCUCAAAGAAAAUUAUUUAUUGUUAUAGAUAAAACUUGAGUGAUAAAAAGCUAUACCAUAAUAAAAUCUAAAAUUAAAGAAUAUCAUGGGACCAAAUAAUUCCAUUCCAGUUUUUUAAACUUUCUUAUAUUUAUUAUUCUCAAAAGUUUUUUCUAAGUUAAAUAGUCAAUAGGCAAUCUUAAUAUAUGCCUCCUUUUGCAUGGACAUGGGCCAGGUUUUUCAAAAGGAAUAUAAACAGGAUCUCAAACUUGAUUAAAUGUUAGACCACAGACGUGGAAUUUGAAAGUAUAAUGCAGUAUGUUAACAUUCAUAUUAAUGGAACUGAAAAGUAGAAUAAGAAAUUUUUCACUUCAGUCCUUUUCUGAAGAGUUUGACUUAGAAUAAUGACGGUUACUGGAAAGUGACUUAAUCUUGUAUGAGGUUGCAU